UUGUUUUUCCCACUGAAGCGACUGAGCUUCUCCCUCUCCCUCCAUAUUCCAAAACCCUUCUCUCUCUCUGUUUAGGGUUGGAGUUAGGGUUUUUGCUUUCUUCCAUUUUUUAUCCAAUUUCUAGUUUUUAGGUCUUUAAUCGUAUCGUUUUAGGCAUAUUCAAUUCUUUAGUUUUUUUUUUUUUUCUCUUUUGGGUUCCUUAGUUUGCUUUUGAUCUCGAUCUGGGUUUGUUUGCAAUGGAUACACGCAAGAGAGGGCGGCCCGAAGUUGGCUUAAAUGCUAAUGGCGGCUUCAAGAUGUCCAAGCAAGAAAUGGAGUCCUUAUCAACUGGUGUAGGAAGCAAAUCGAAGCCAUGCACCAAAUUUUACAGCACUACUGGCUGCCCAUUUGGUGAAGGAUGCCAUUUCCUGCAUUAUGUUCCUGGCGGCUAUAAUACGGUUGCUCAAAUGAUGAACCUAACACCUAUUCCUCCAGCAGCUAGAAAUAUGGCAGCCCCUCCUCCAAUGUCCAACGGCUCGGCCAAUCCCGUUGUUAAAACUCGUAUGUGCAACAAGUAUAACUCCGCUGAAGGCUGCAAAUUUGGUGAGAAGUGCCAUUUUGCUCAUGGAGAAUGGGAACUUGGAAAGCCUUUAGCUCCAUCUCAUGAUGAUCUUCGGGCCAUGGGACAUAUUCCGAACCGUUUACCCAGUAGGAUGGAAGCUGCUCCAUCAGGCCCUGCUGCUAGCUUUGGCGCCUCUGCGACGGCAAAGAUUAGUGUGGAUGCUUCCCUUGCAGGAGCCAUUAUAGGGAAGGGUGGUAUUAAUUCCAAGCAGAUUUGUCGUCAAACAGGAGCCAAACUUUCGAUCAGGGACCAUGAAUCAGAUCCCAACCUCAGAAACAUUGAACUCGAGGGAACAUUCGAUCAGAUUAAGGAAGCAAGUGCAAUGGUGAGGGAGCUAAUCGUAACGGUUUCAAUGGCAGGCCCUCCGAAAUCAGCAGGUGGCACAGCUGCUCCAUCAGGUAACAACCAUAAGACUAAACUUUGCGAUAAUUUUGCCAAAGGGUCUUGCACAUUUGGAGAGAGAUGCCACUUUGCGCAUGGUGCUGCCGAGUUGCGCAAAUCUGGUGCAUGAGGAAAAUCCUUUUUUCUAGAUUUUUUUCCUCUGAGUUUAGAAUUAUGGUCCAAUCUCUUUUGUAUUAGAUGGAGCUCUUUUAUCUUGAAUUGUCACAUGGCCACGCAACCUUGUUAGUCGAAAUCGACAGUUUUUAUGGUUUAGAAGUCAUUACAAUUUUCUUGACCCA